AUGGCCGACGCGCAGCUCUACGAGCAGAUGCUGCUGGCUCUGCACGUGAGCCACUCGCCACAGUCGUCUCCGGGCGACCGCACUGCUGCCUACGCGUUCUGCGAGACGUUCAAGCGCCGUCCCGACUGCGCCCUGUAUGCUAUGGCUCUGUACCGCAAUCCGGGUACACUGGACCGAACCGAGCGCGCUCGACGGCAGCACUUUGCUCUGCACGUGCUGGAGCACCACGUGCUGACGCAAUGGGACGCACUGUCACUGGCGAAGCAGAAGGAGGUGCGCGUUGAGCUCGUUGAGCUGCUGCUCGGGGCGCCAUUGCCGUUGGCUGUUGCUGGUUCAGCAGAUGUCGAUGACCCCGUCUAUGUCCGUGAGAAGAAAGUAGCGCUGUUGGCGGAAAUCGUGAAACGGCAGUUUCCGCAACGCUGGCCAGCGUUACUUCACGAGCUGCUGGCAAAGUGGCAGUCCGGCGCAAGCGCCCGAGUCGAGCUGAUGCUGCUACUUUUGCGAUCGCUGGCCGAAGAUUGCGUCAGUAGCUCAUUUAAUACGUCGAUUCCACCGACGAGACGGAACGAGAUAUUGCAAGGACUGCAUGCCGGGCUGCCCGAGCUAUUGCCACGCGUGUACCACGAGCUGGUGCAGCAGUAUACAGUGUACAAGUCGUUGACGGCAACGGAUGAGCAGCGAAAGACGAGUCAGCGGCUCAUCCAUGCCGUGUUGGGCUUACUGAGAGAGUUUCUUGAGUGGAUACCGCUGGAUCGACCGGUAGAGCCAUCGACGAAUUUUAUUUUCGUGGCCGUGAUGUUGCUGGAGGAUCUCGAGUUUCGACUGGCAAGUGCCGAGUGUUUGGAAGUGUACAUGACGCGGACAUUUGGCAGAGAGAAUCGAGCUGUGAUGUUGCAAAGCAUUGGUCAGAUCAUUGAGAAAGUCGAGACACUGGAUUUGACGACACUGGAGCCCGAGGUUGAGGCCAAUUUACGCUUUCACAAGAAGGUGAACGACGUGUUGGUUGCGUGGGGAACGUGUCAAUUGGAAGUACUGCUGUUGGUGGAGGAUGGACGUGGUGAGCCUGAAAUGGCGUUGUUGCGGCUGAUUUUGAAGAAUCUGUGCAAGUUGUUUGCUCAUCCGAGUCUGAUCUUGACCGAAACUCAGAUACUCUUGUGGCUUACAGUGCUGAAGAACAGGACAAUUUUGAAGCAAGGCGAAGCGUUGCUAGCCGACAUUUUGGAACAGCUGCGACAGGUCUCGUUCGACAAAUACUUCAAGUUGGGCUCGCCGGAGCGCGAGAGCCCCGGGUCUUAUGUGAUUGCUUGUGUUUGCAGUAGAGAAGAGUUUGACGACCACGACGAGUACAUUGCGUUCUACGGUAAUUUUCGUGGGCGUCUAUAUGCGUUGAUUCGCGUGCUAGUCCAGCUAGAUCCGACCGUUGCAUUGCGAUCGCUGCACGAUCGUUUGGCAAUUGUGCUGACACAGUAUGCUACUGGAACGGACCACUUGGACGUCGAUCGCGGCUACUGCACUGAUCUCAGUACUACCUACUUGUACCACGAGGGAAUCUCAUCAUUAAUCGAUUGCAUCGUAAAGCAACUCCCUCCGAACGCGAUGCAAAACCCCGCGAAUUACCAGAUCUUGCAGAGGAUUUUGCAGUCGAUUUUGUCGUUUGACACCCCUGAUCCGCUUCUUAAAUAUCGCCAGCUACUAGUGCUAGCGUCGUUUGCAAAGUAUUACGUGCUUGAUGGUAGCAUGCUUACCGUGGUAUUCGAAAAGCUCUUUGCAAAUAUCGACUUCGUGAUGUCUGGCGAGGACGUGCACGGUAAGAUGAGCAGUGGCACCAUGAAUGUUCGGCGACGUGCUCUCUCGUCACUUGUUACGAUUUGCCAGGCAAUCCCUGCCCAUAUUUUGCCUGUACUCCCUGUGCUGUGCACUAAAGCACGGGAGCUGUUUGCUGCCGGUCGUGUGACAGACACAGAAGGUGUGAUGCUGUACGAGAUGCUGGUGCUGGUCUCGAACUCGAUGGAGAAUCGAGACGAACGUGUGCAGUUUGUGCAACAGAUUGUGCAAGAUCCGCUUACCCAGUGGACAUCUGCAGAAAUGACUGAUCUUGUAAGCUCCCCGCAGAGCAUUGGCACCGCUAUCGAAGCGGCUACGAAUGACGACAAGACGAAGAAACAGCUCAGAAUGAUUAUAAAGACACUUACGACAUUAUAUGGUAUCGCAAAAAGGUCAGGGGCAAUGUCGUUGCCGCGUACGGCGGAAGGCGCGGGAGCGUUCGACGGUGCGUGGCCGCAUUUACUUCCGAACUUGCUAGCUUUGGUGCGAUCGCUUCAUGGUUUGCAGGAGCCAGUUGUAAAAGAAGUAGUGCUGAAGACCACUACUGCUUGCUGGUUGUUGAGUGUUUCCUUGGAUGAAGUUGCUCAGCUUCUUGGAGGAAAAAUCCAUCUAGAAGACGAAAUGAUCAUGAAGUUGCCCGCUGCUUCUAGAUGGUCGAAGUGGCACAAGAAUGCGCGCGACAUUUCGUACCAUUUGAUGGGCGUCGCUGUUGCUCAGCAUAGCUUUUACCAAAAUCCCCAGGCUGCUUCCGCCUUGCAGAGCAGUAUGCUCAGCAAUCUGGACUUGAUGGAGCACCGCCACCUGAAGGGCGCUCUAGCGUAUGUGUAUUUACCUUUCCUCAAGAACUGCCCGAGAGAGCUGUACCCGUCGCUUCUGAACUCAGUGCUUGCAGCUUUGUUUGAUCAUUUCGCACAGCGCGCUGCACUGAUCUUCCAGCAUCCAGCAAAUGGUCCGUGGAAUGCGUUGAUUAUCGGAAUCGAUAGCGCCAAGCAGGAGAUUGCGCAGGAGAAGAUGGUGAUGGAGCUCACGCGUGAAUUCGUUGAUUUCGUAGAGUACGCGAUCGAUCCCAAAACAGUCGUGGGAACCGAUACGGACAACCCGAAGCAUAUCACUAGUCCAGAAGACGCCUUGCUGCGCGAUUACAUUCUGACACAAUCGCCUUCCCUGCCGUUUUCGAUUGGCGCGAUUUUGAUCCAGGUGAUCUGCUGGAAGGACACACUGAGCUGCCGAAAAGCAGUGGCACUCGGUGACAAGCUCGUGAACGCAUUGCAUGCUGACGCAAAGUACCAUGCUCUCCUCGGUCGCGGCAUAUUUUCCGCAGCACUGCAGGGCAUUUUGACGGAGCAUGUUGGUCAUGUGAAGGAAGACGGCCUCAAGUGGGAAAUCAUCAAUCUUGUGCGUAACAUCUACUGCCGACUAGCGCUGGGCUUGACUCCCGUGGAGGAGUGUAAGGGAAUCGACCCGUGCAACCAGCCACUUCGACCCGCGUCGUCGCUUUGUGCAGCUCCACGCGAGAUUUUGCUAUCUCUUCCCGACGUUGAGCCUGCCCAGGUGGACGCGCUGGACGCAUUGAUGCGUGAAAAGCAUAGUACGAAGACACAGAAGAACGCGUUCAAGGAGCUUUUGGAGAUGCCGAUACUGGCGUUCCGGCGCGACCAAGCCCUGGCAGCCGGAUCGACGUCGCCGUUGGCAGGGGUUCCAGGUACUUCAAAUGAAUCGGUCAAGCGAAUUCUAGACCUCCCGGAAAAGCUGGUGAUACCCAGCAAAGAUGUCAAAGCACAUGCGAAGUGGCAGCGAGCGCAGAACACGAAUCUAGACACGCAUUCUCUUUUCGGAGCCCAGUGGAGCGGGGACAGUACGUUAUAG